CCCAGAGCAGUGGAGAGUCUGAGUGAGACUCAGUGUGUGUGUGCGCGUGUGUGUCGGUCAGCAGCGCUAACGGAGAGAGAGAGCGCGCGCACUGUCCACCGGGGGGGGUCUACAGGCUCGGAGCUGCGCCAUGACUCCACCGCGGUGACAUUAACACUGCGCUCAGAGGAACUGCAUGAGAUACCUGCCACAUGUCGUGCACGGGUCUGAAACGAACGCUGGAGCCGGAGGACGAGGACGAGCCCGAGACGCAGCCCAAGAUGGCGGCCAUAUGGUUGGAGUCUUCCACGGCGUACUCGCGGCAGAGGCAGACGGUCCUGCAGCUCUCGCUUCAGAAGCUCUGCCACGUCCCUUCCCUGGGCCGCCGUGUCCUCAUAACCAACACGCUCCGCCUCAUCCAGGAGGAAAUCAGCCACCAGGGGGUGCCGCGCCUCAGCCCUCCAGAGGAGGAGGAGGACACGGGGGUGAAAUAUCCGCAGCAUCAGGCGCUGGAGGUCAGUCUGACCCCGGCAUGGGUUCUCGAGCAGGACGGAGACCCAGAGUCCUCGUUAGCAGACAUCGACCCGACGGGAAUCUCGACUUCGGAGCUGGAAAUGGACAGACUCGGCAGGGACGCACCUGCGCAUUCCGUCUGCCUCGAGUCGUUCUCGUCGCCCUGCCCGGGGUUCCUCCCCGACCUCUCGCUGGACGACUUCCUCUUCUCGGACUUGGACAACUUCCUGUGCGAGUUCAACCCUUGCGCUCUGAACCUGACCCCCAGCCCUGCCUCGCAGUCGAAGGUCGUCUCCAUGGUGACAGACGACCUCGUGAGGAGCCUGACGAACCAGCCGUUCAAGACGGACCUGAACGAACUUGAGCACAUCAUGGAGGUGCUGGUCGGAUCAUGAGGACAAAACUUUAUUUUUUACAAAAAAAAGGACUAAAAAUGUUUAAAUUAUAAUUUCUUUUAAAAAGAAUUUUUCCCGGGGGUUGAACGUCGAUUAAAAAAAAAAGUGGAAGGUAAAUUGUAUUUACUGCAGCAGUGUUGUGACCCGACACGGUUGCCAUGGAAACGAUUGUAUAUUUAUUUGCCCGCGUAUUUAUUAUACGGCAGCCAGUACAGGGAUGUAAUAUAUGAAUAAAAUAUAUGAGAUUUCUCAGAUCUAUUUUUAUUUUGAAUAGAUGUGACACUUAUAGAUAUGAAGGUACACUAUUUUGCUACUGAUUCAGAAAAAAUAAAGGUGACGGUUUUGUACACA